AUGUCGCGUUACGUAAUGCGGACCGAUCAAAAAAUUUGGGAGCAACCUUCUUCGCGCUUUGCAUUUACGGUGAUCAUGGAUUCCAGCCAGUUCAAGGCCCCGACCACCACGCCUCAGGAUCUCCUUCUGAUCCACGACCUCAUUGCAGAUCAGCUUACUCCUGUGGUCCCACACACGGAAAUCAAGAAACAAAUUGCCGUUGAGGAUGAUGAUAUAUCGUCUUCGUCAGACGAGGAUGAGCGUGUGGAGGAUUCGACUGAGAAGGACGAUGCAGAGGAGAUUGAAGUGGUCUCUGACUUACUGAACGUUGAUGACGAUGCGGAGGAUGGAAAGGGCUCUGUCCCCUCCUCCGAUUCCGAAUCUAGCGUUGACUCGGAGUCGGACUCAGAUAUCGGGGACGACCCUGCUCAGAAGGGGGACCACUCGAAAGCACCAGAGCUCGACGUGGAAGACGACGACGAGAACGACGGUGCACUUGCUCCUGGCGCUGUCCCCCAGACCAAAAAUGAGAUUGUGGACGCAGAUAUCAAUAUCCCCGAUGCAGAGGAAAUCGGUGAACACGAACAUAUGGAGAAAGUGGGCGAGGUCAUGGCGAUUCUCGAUAACAAGGCAGUCAUCGUCAAGGGCGAAGCAUCUACGAACGCAAACAGGGGCUCAGAAAGCGCGUUGGACUCGGAUACGUUGCUGGUGUUUGAGGAUAGGAAAGUUCUGGGCUAUGUUUACGAGACCUUUGGUCCCACCUCUCAGCCAUUCUAUCAGGUGAAAUUCAACCAAAAAUAUCCCCUGAACCAGGAAAAGGUCAAGACAGGGCGAGAAGUCUUCCAUGUACCUUCACGCAGUAAAUUCGUAUUUGUACGCGACAUCAAACAUCUAAAAGGGAGCGACGCAAGCAACCUAUUCGACGAGGAGCCUGCUGACCAUGAAGUGGAAUACUCCGACGACGAGGCUGAAGCUGCCGCUAAAAGUCGUCGGAAGAGAAAAUGGGGCAGUGACAGUCGUGCUGGGUCGGUCGCAUCCUCGAGACAUUCGACACCAGGUCCUUCUCAAAUGCGAGAUCAAGAUUUGAGAUACAUGAGUGGAGACGCGUACGCCGAGAAAUCACCCUAUGAUAUCGAUUUCACCGCAGCCCCUUCCCGACCCCCUCCCAUGCCAUACGAUGACGAUCCUUAUGCCGACGCUUACAUACCACCUGCUGCUCCGAGUCCCAGCACCUCGCAGCAACAAAUAUCCCCACCACGCAACGCUGGUUCAGACGAGUCGAGAUUCCGACCGGUGCGCCCUUCGAAUCGAGGUGGAGACAGGCGCGAUGGGCGGCCACAAAGAGGACGUGGAAGGGGACGUGGAAGGGGUGAUGCACCAAGAAGAGGAAGGGGGGACUUUGGGCGCAGCAAUCCUAGACCCGGGCCUUACAACGCUCCGCCCGACUUGUCACCAUCCCCGUCUUCCCCAAUUGCACCAUGGCCAACACAACCAUAUUACGAUCCCUCUGUCUCCCCUCAAUUUAGCUAUCCUCCCCCGCCGCCAUCGGAUCCGUCAGUGUCAUGGGGUCUUCAGCCUUCUUAUGGCCCGAAUGCUGCGAACUUCCAACCAUAUGUUCAGCCGCACAUCAACCCGCGAUUCGCUUCCAUGUUUGGUAUCAACCCGAAUAUGGCGCCGCAGACACAGCACAUGGCAUUUGGGCAAGGAACCGGGCAAGGUACGACGAUGAACGUGGGUGAUGGGAGGAAUCAAUCUACUCCCAAUUGGUCGGAUGAAUGGACAGUCCAUCAAGGCAAUCCCCCUAGCGGAUAG